AACACUGUCGUUUUGACCUCAGAAAACCCUUCUAUAAAAUACUACACAAGAAGAACAUUCAGCAAAGAACAAUUUUUUUUUACAUCUGCAGUCUCUUUGAUUUCCAUUCUCUCUGCUCUUCAUCACGUUUUAGAAGCUCCAAGAUGGCUACCAAGUACAUAAUUGGUUCUAUCGCUGGAUCUUUUGUCGUUGCAUAUGUUUGUGACACUGUUAUUUCUGACGGGAAAUUGUUUGGAGGUACUACUCCAAGCACCGUUACCAACACCGAUUGGUGGAAAGAAACAGACAAGAAAUUCCAAGCAUGGCCUCGCACUGCUGGUCCCCCGGUGGUCAUGAACCCCAUCAGCCGACAGAAUUACAUUGUCAAGUCUUGAUUUAGAAAGUUGAGUUGCGCUGUUUUUUCCCCCCCAACAGAUUACAUUUGAAAUCGAACCAUUCUUCAUUUUUGAGCAAAGGUUUUUUGCUCCUACGCUUGAUUCAGACGAUAUUGAAGUCAUUUUUCUCACUUAUAAGAAGAUUUGACAUAUGUUACAAACAAUCAAAACAGAUUUGACGUAUGUUACAAUAAAAUUUUUGUUCAGCUAGCACACCUGUGUACUGAAUGAGCUGUUUUUUUGUUCUGGCAAAUAUAUGUCAGUUCUUGGUUCUCUGCAAUACUAAUUUUUUUUUUGUUGA